CCUGAAUUGGAGCAAUACGUCGGCGAAUGCGUGUACGACAGGAAACUGUACCCGAAGUUGACGGCCACCGACGCCGAGAAGUAUACGAUUCACUCGUGUGAAUGCGGCGACUGUUUCGACGAGAGGGACGAGUGCUGUACGGCUGUCAUCGGCUUCCCGAUGGUCUACGACCGGAAGGGUUUGCUUCGGAAGAAUAUUCUACAAGAAAUCGCUAAUCCAGUGAUCUUCGAGUGUAAUGACAAGUGCAAGUGCGGCGCCGAUUGUCCCAAUCGUGUGAUACAACGCGGCCGUCAGUAUCGGCUGGAGAUCUAUCGGCCGCCGGACGCGGCUGUGAGGGGUUGGGCGGUGCGAGCGCUGGAGCGCAUACCGAGCGGCGCAUUCGUGUCCAACUACUCGGGCGAAGUGGUGUCGCUGAUUGAGGCCAACACCCGGUCGACGACAUACCUGUUCGACUUGUCGGCCACUAUCGACGAUCGGGACAACGAGUAUACAUAUGUGAUCGACGCCGACAAGUGCGGUAACGUCAGCCGUUUUAUUAACCACUCGUGCGAACCCAACUGCCGCGGCCUCUACUCAUACGUCCGCUCGUAUAACAAACAGUUGCCGACUGUUUCGCUGUUCACCACCCGUGCGAUCAAACCGUACGAAGAGCUCACCUAUGAUUACGGCAAUCAACUCAUCGAUAUGUACGACUUCAGCGGCACUGACGACACCCAAUCCGUGAGCAGCGCUAGCGGUAGCUAUAAAACAGCGACAAUGGAUGUGAGCCAAGAGGUGGACAGUAAUGGCAAUUGUAAUGGUGUGGCAAAGGGGAUGUCUAAUGGCGUGAGUAAUGGCGUAUCCAAUGGUGUGGUCAAUGGCGAGUCCAGUGGUAUAUCUAAUGGUGUGGCCAAUGGUGGUGGUAAGACCAGACCCGCUGCCGACAGACCCGAGCGCUUGACCUUAAAUCGCAUUGAGUGUCACUGCGGGUCAAAGACACGUGUGGACACGAGUGUGUCAUUCAGACCUCAACACACAUUACAGUACGACAAGUUUGUCGAUUACGUCGAGUGGACGGUCGGCCAAGGGUUGCAGGACUUGGCGGUACUCCACCGCAUGUCUGACCACAAACACACUGUCGCCGAACUCCGCUCCGCACCGAAGCUCGUGAAACAAUGGAAGAGAGAAAUGAAGAGAAAAAUUGGCCACUUUUUUACCCUAGAGUUUGACCGCAAUAGUAAUGAAGAGAGACUUCAAGCGAUGGACGCCGUCCAAGAGGUGGCCCAACAUUUACGGCUGGAGGCCAACGGCUUCGAGACGCUGACCGAGUGGUUCGAGUUCAUUGACCGGCAGUCCGAAGUGUCCGCUGGAUUGUCCCGAUUCGCCCUCACGUGUAAUAAAGUGAUCGCCGAUAAGCGCGAAGGCCUCAAGAUAUCGGUGACCAACGAUUACGACCUGGAAGUGCCUGUUUUGGAGCAAUACGUCGGCGAAUGCGUGUACGACAACACACUGUUCCCGAAGUCGAAGGGAUGCGCUGCCGGCGACACAUCGCUGGUCAGCGACGACAGUCGCAAACGAGUGGCGGAACAUCCCUUCAACAGCCCGUCGCCAACCAGUGAGACAUUAGUGAGUAAUGCCGACAAAAGAGUCGUAACCAUUGAUUUAGACAUGGAUUCAAUGGACGAAAUACCCGAGUAUUUCCUGCAUUCCUAUGGAGUCUCGUGUGUGGAUGGGAUUCGCGACCACAGCAUCGGCUCGAACGGUCAGAUCCAGUCUCUGUUGAAAUGCAAGGGCUGUCCCGAAGAGAACAGCUGGGAGUUGUCGUGGGAAGAGUUGGACGCGUUUACCAAAUACCUUAAGCUAGUGGUGAGCCCGGGGUAUAACGACCUGGCCGUACUCUACCGCCUGUCCCACCGGAAACACACUGUCGCCGAACUGCGAGCCAAUCAGAAGCUAGUGAUCACUCUUAAGACAAACAUCGAGGCAAAAGUGCGCGACUUUUUUGGCCAGAAGUUUGACCGCAAGACAAACCUCGAGAGGCAUCGGGCGAUGCAAGCCGUCAAAGACGUGGCCAAACGCUUGAAACUGGAGGCCAACGGCUUCCCAACGCUUACCGAUUGGUUUGAUUUCAUCGACUGGCGGCACGAAUUGGCCGAUCGAUUGGCCGCCACCUGUAAUAAAGAGAUCGCUAAGAAGCGCGAAGGCCUCGAGAUAUCGGUGUCCAACGAUUACGACCUGGAAGUGCCUGAAUUGGAGCAAUACGUCGGCGAAAGUUAUACUUUAGAAGAAGUAGAACAAGAAGAAGAGGAAGAAUUGACAAGAGUUGAUGAAUCGCUGGUAAAUAAUAUCACAAAUCUUCGAAUCACAUCCAAUGAAUGGCGAGACACGGUUGACACCAAUACUAUAAGAAGUAAAUCAAAGUCCAAUGUGUGGCCGAAUACGAGUCAACCGAUGCAACCAAUUAGUUAUGCGCUAGUGGUGAGCCCGGGGUUCGACGACUCGGCCGUACUGUACCGCUUGUCUGACCACAAACUCCGCUCAACAUCUAAUCUGAUGAACCGAUUGAAGAGAGAUAUUGAGAAAAAAAUUGGCACAUUUUUUACCCUAACGUUUGAUCGCAACAGUAAUCCCGAUAGGCAUCGGGCGAUGAAGGAAGUUGAAAACGUGGCCAAACAGUUGCGGCUGAAGGCCAACGACUUCCCAACGCUUACCGAUUGGUUUGAGUUCAUCGACCGGCGGUUCGAAAUGCCCGCUCGAUUGGCCCGAUUCGCCCUCACGUGUAAUAAAGUGAUCGCCGAUAAGCGCGAAGGCGUCGAGAUAUCGGUGUCCAACGAUUACGACCUGGAAGUGCCUGAAUUGGAGGAAUAUGUCGGCGAAUGCGUGUCACUGUUGCCGAUGUCUACGGCCACCGACGCCGAGAAGUAUACGCUUCGCUUAUGUGAAUGCGAGAACUGUUACGAUGAACGGCUCACGUGUUGUCUGCCACCCGGUUUCGCGAUGGUCUACGACGGCAAGGGUUUGCACCGGAAGUAUCUUCUAAAAGAAAUUCCUAAUCCAAUGAUCUUCGAGUGUACCCACAAGUGCCGAUGCGGUGCCGAGUGUCCCAAUCGUGUGAUACAACGCGGCCGUCAGUAUCGGCUGGAGAUCUAUCGGCCGCCGGACGCGGUCACCAGGGGUUGGGCCGUGCGAUCGCUGGAUCCCAUACCGAGCGGCGCAUUCGUGUCCAACUAUUCGGGCGAAAUCAUAUCAUCGACAGAGGCUAACAAUCGGUCCAACAUAUACUUGUUUGACGCAAAUUGGCCGGAAUGCCCUUAUAUUGGGACAGUUGGCAAUCGGGCCAAUCAGUAUGUGAUCGACGCCUACAAGAAGGGUAACGUCAGCCGUUUCAUAAACCACUCGUGCGAUCCCAACUGCAAGGUCUUCUACUCAUACAUCCACUCGGAUAACAAACAGUUGCCGACUGUUUCCCUCUUCACCAUCAAAGAGAUCAAACCGUACGAAGAGUUGACCUAUGAUUACGGCAGUGGACUUAAGAAUUCGCCCGACAGUAACAGCCAAUUGUUGAACAGCGCUGGCGAUGGAUUCAAUACAACAAUUGAUUUGACUGAAGAGGAAGACAGUAAUGAUAACGACGUGUCCACUGGUGUGGCCAAUGGUGGCGGUGAGAGCAGACCCGCUGCCGACAGACCCGAGCGGUUGGCCUUAAAUCGCAUUGAGUGUCACUGCGGCUCAAAAUAUUGCCGCAAUUUUCUGUCUCCGUCUCCUCUCCUUCUUAUUGUUCUUCUUGUUCUUCAUUUGUCGCUUCAAAAGUGUCUUUUGUUUCAUAUUUUUCAUCUCUUUUCGCAUUUCUUUUCGCUUCUGUUUAGCGGACGACACGUCCUUCCGGUGCUUCUCCUUCUCCCUCCUCUGGUAAGCCUUAUUCGUCUUCAGACUCUUCAAUGCCUCCAUUUUGUUGGCCUUCCGGGCGUCCAGUAUCUGCUGCCUCAGCUCAGAGGCCGAGCGGGCGGUACUCUUCACACCACUAUCACUACUGUCGGCCUCAGAAUCCGAUUGAUGGGCACCACUGGUGGUGACCGCCAACUGAUCGCCGCCAGUGUUAUCACCCAAACUGCCGGACAUGUCUUUGGGAUCAAAUGUGGUGAUACUGACAAACUGUUUGGGCAGUUCGUACGUUUCGGUGGUCUCCGCCGGGAGAGCCAUCGCCGCGAUGUCUUCCGUCGGGCGUUGACUGUCGUACAGUUUCAACAGCCGGUCCUUUUGGCGCUGCUUCGCCCGCAACCUCUCCUCCCGGAGCUCUUCGUC